AUGAGUACAAUCAAGGAACCGCAUUCAGAAGCGAAUAUCAAUACUAUAUUGAAGGGAACGCCCGAUUUCAUCAAAAAUACACCACUGGAUAAUUUCUUUCUAGAUUUCAAUGAUAAUUUCCUAUCCAAACUGAAUGGCACUACACGCACUACAACAGACGAAUCUGUCUACCUCAGCUUGGGAUUCCAUGGGAAUGAUGAUUUUGUUGAUAGACUGUUGGCAUAUUUUGUCAAAUUACAUGAAUUGACAUUACAAAAUCAAUCGUUAAUUAAAUCAAAUAAGAGUAACCUAUUACCAAUUUCGCUGCAUGACAUGAGGUAUCUAGACGAUCUAAUUUCAUUACUAAUUAUCCAUGGAAUCGAUGCAAAUAUUCCCUCUCGUAUGAGAAUUCCACAAAAUGCAAAACAAUUGGCCAAGAAUGAAAAGGAUGAACCUAAAUACAUAAUACCCUUGACACACACAAUUAAUCCUGCCACUUUGAUCCGAAUCGUGGAUACUCUGUACCCUAUCUUGAUGGAAGAUGAAAGUUCCAAUGAUGAUCCUGAUUAUAUUCGUGGCAUAUUGUUAAGGGGCCCCAUCUAUACCCAUUUAUUCUUGGCCAUUCUUACUUUAGUCGAACAGAAUUCCGAUGAUGUAAAAUAUCCAGAAAUGCUCCUAAAGCUAGAAAAUAAACAGGAAACUUACUCGUUAUUUGUGAUGUAUACGCUUUUAAUACAGGAACUGCAUCUUUCCUCCCCUACUAAAGAAUUCAUAAUGAAUAAUCUAUCCACAUUACCGAUAAGAAGAUCAGAGGAUGGGUUAUUGAGUCUCGUUGAUUUUGUUCUUGGUGUCCGUGAUGAGGAGAAAAUUGACAUUAAUAAAUUUGCAAGAGUGAAUCAAAUAUUAAUGAGCAAGCCUAAGAGUAUGUCGAAUUUCCAAUAUUUGAAUGCUUUAUUUAAACAAAUUUGGGAUGCUUUGACAUUCAUUAAUCGUCCCAUCUUGGUGGAGUGUGUUAAUGGAUUGAUUGUUCAAUUUUUCAAUAAAAAUAAAAGAAUUGUGAGAGAUUUCUUAUUCAUGAAGGUUUACAAAGUAUUGAUCAACGAAAAGGGUCAAGAAUAUAGCGUGAAGGAAUUGAAUGACUGUAUCAAUGUAAUGUUAUCAUUAUCUAAGAAUAGUUCAAUGGAAUUGAUUUCAGAUUUAGUGGGAUUUAAGGACUGGAAAGUAUUUUUCUUAAAUAUUUGGAUUUAUGCUCUGUUUCUAAAAAAAAACCUCUCCACCUCCAAUACAAACGAUGAUUCAUUGAAAUCAUAUUAUGAGGUCAUCCUCUCCAUGUUAAAAUCUUACAUGGUUCUGACGAAUAAUGAUGAAGUUUUAAAUUUAUUAAGUUUAAAUUUAGUCAAUUUCGAACAUGAAAAUUGGAAAUAUGCCAUCGAUUUGGAAACUAAAUUACCAUAUAUUAUUACAUCGACUUCCACAAUUAAGAGUAUUGAUAAUACAUUAUCGAACUUGAAUAUUACAGAUAAGCCUGAAUCCAAGAUGGAUGAAAUAUCACAAUUUUUCAAAGAUAUGGAUAUCGCAGUAGCGCUUUACAUCGAAUUAUUAAAACUCAUUAAUGAUGACGAAGCCAUUAAGAAAAUAUUCUUAAUUGUAUUAAAUAGAUGGGUCAAGGCAACAAGAACCAGUGAUAGUACAAGGCAACCAACUUCGUUGAAUGAGGAUGAAGAUAUCGGUAAGAACGUCCUAAUUCUAAUUGAUCUAAAAUUAUUAGAACAAAUGAAUCAAGAGUUUAAAACAGAUAUUAUAAAGAAAGUGAAAGAUAUCCUAGUAGUUAUCGAUGAUUUGAUUGACUUUGUUAAAGAUGAAAAUGAGGCAAAUACAGUAGACUCAGAUGAUGAGGAAGAGGAAGAUUCAGAUGCCGAAGAGGAGGUCAAUGAAGCAAACGAAUUUCAUGAUGUAUCCACCGCCUUCAACACUCUUUUAGAAUUAUUAUCCUCUACCAUUUCCAACUCCACAUCAAGCGCGUUAAUGCAAGAAAAGGUACUGUUGGAAAGUAUAAAUAGGAAAUUAAUGAAAUAUAUUAAUAAAAGUUCAGAAUGCCAACGUUUACAUGAUAAAAUUGAAAAUAUUUUAAAUUCCACAGAGGUCUCAUAUGAUAAGGGUGAACAUAACAUUGAUGAAAAAGUUCAAAAUGAUCAGGAACUAUUAGACAGAGCAAUGAUUAAUUUAAGUGAUCCCAUGGUCCCGAUAAAGGCACAUGGAUUGGUACAAUUACGGCAAUUAGUAGAAACAAAAUCUAGUGUCAUUCAAUUGGAUAAGGUUUUACAACUUCACUUGCAGUACUUGAAAAGUUCAGACCCGUUCAUUUAUAUGAAUGCCACCAAGGGUUUAGUUUCACUGCUUGAAUUGGAACCAACAACGACAAUGGACGUCUUAUUACAGUUUUAUGAAAAUAAAAAUGGUAAGAAUAAACUUGAUGAUAUUUUAAAGGUGGGUGAAGUGUUUAUAAAUUACAUUCAAUUUGAGAACGAAUUGUUCGAGGGAAAAUAUGCUAAUCUUCUCAUUGAUACGUGUCUCUCUAAAAUUAGACGGUACAAAGAAUUGGAUAACAGAAUUCGUAUGUCCUCCAUGUCGAUAUUGGGUGUAUGCCUACAAGUUAACGCUGCGGGGGUUCAAUCUCGAAUUGCAGAGAUGGUCGAUUGUGCCAUCGGGAUACUACAGUUGGAAACAGAUAGCACACCAACAAAUAGUGGAGAGCACUCAUUUGUCAUGAGGCGAAGUGCAGUACAUUUGAUCCAUGAUCUAAUAAACAGUACGGGUAUAGAUAUGGAAAAUCAAGCUUAUGACUACGAGAAGUUAAAGAAUUUAUUGGAAUAUGUCAGACAACGCGAUCAAGAUUAUUUAGUCCGUGAACAGAUCGAAGUCGUGCUCUUAGAAAUGGAGAACCUAGAAUCACUGAAAGUAGACAGAUAG